GGCGCGCGCACGCCGCCGUCCUCGUCGUUGUAAACGCUGCCGCUCCGGCUGGCCCUGGGGGCGGGGCUGUAGGGGAAAGUGCCAAAUCCUCUGAGUGAAGUGAGAAUUCUGCUAGAGAGGAAAUGGCUGCCUCUUCAUCAUCCUCCUCAGCUGGUGGGGUCAGUGGAAGUUCUGUCACGGGAUCUGGUUUCAGUGUCUCAGACCUUGCCCCACCACGGAAAGCCCUUUUCACCUACCCCAAAGGAGCUGGAGAGAUGUUAGAAGGUGAUCUCAUGCUGCUUUUUGCUGAAUAAUUGGAUUCUGACCUGCAAUGAAUAUUAAUUGUAAAGAAGCUAUUAAGUGGAUUAGAGACAAGUGUGCCCUGAUUUCAGCUUCACAUUUCAUCUCUUGUCCCCAUUUCAAAAUGUUAUGUUCAAAACACAAAUCUUUCUCCACUGUCAAAAUUUUGGAGCUGAAAAAGACUUUGGAAAUCAAGGAAGUCAUCUAGACUUAUUUAGACCCAGAAAAGUUAAAGUGAUUUGACCACGUUAAAGACAAAGUCAGCACUAGAACCAGGAAUUCUCUUGACCUCCUGCUCCAGUUUGCUUUAUCCUGGCACCAGUCUGCCUCCCUAUGAUGAGUAGGUUGGAUGCGUUUUUUUCUAACCUACAGAUAGAUUAACCUCAUCAAAUAGGUUCUAAGAGGAAAACUAAUAUACUACUCUUAUAUGUGAAGAUGACUCUCCUGGCCCAUUGCAGGACAGUGCUGUGUGGUUUUACUAGCACUGGAGCUGGAUUUGCGUCAGAUCAUCCACCAUCUUACUCAGCACACAUUUGCAAACUGGCUGGCCAAGAUCAGAGCACAAGCUAUGGCUCUGAGAGAUUCCUCUGCGAAUCCGUUUUCAGUUAUCAAGUGGCAUCUACGCUUAAACAGGUGAAACAUGAUCAGCAAGUUGCUCGGAUGGAAAAAUUAGCUGGUUUGGUAGAAGAGCUGGAGGCAGAUGAGUGGCGGUUUAAACCCAUCGAGCAGCUGCUGGGGUUCACACCCUCUUCAGGUUGACCUUGCCCGGAAGGCCGCCUCUGGUGCACAGCAAGUGCAGGGCCAGCGAGGGACUUUUCUCGCAGCUUACACAGCCAUCCAGAGAUUCACAGCUCCAUCGCUGAAUUGUUAAUUCGCAUCCAUGCUUGGUUUCUCUGUAUCUAUCCACAAGCAACAAAUACUUAAAUGUGUGAUCUUGCAGGGAAAAUUUUUGUUUAUUUGUUUAAAAAAAGUAUUGAGAAUCAGAAUAAGACAAUCGGCGUCAGAGAACCUGAAGGUUUGGGUUUAAGAGAUAUUUAUAAAACUUUACAAGCCAGGUAGGACACAUGCCGGAAUUGGCCAACUGAAUGACAUCUCUGCUGUCAUUCAUGCAGUGCCUGGAAUCCUCACUGGUCAAAUCCAAGAUCAGGAUCUGGAGUUACACAACACAGCGUUUCUGACCUAAAACAGUUCUUCUUGCAGAUGAAUGUGAUUUCAACUCAGGACCUGUUCAAAUGAGGAAUUUUAAAAUUUCGGGUUUUUUUCUAUUUUUAGACAUCUAAUUCUAUAGAUUCUAACUUUUUCUAACCUCUUCUAGACAUGCCAAAUGCUGGCAAAAAGAAUUACUUUUUGAAUGUUGAAGCACUUGUAAAAAUAAAUCUGUGAGCAAAAUCCUUUUAAACACAGAAAUCCUGAGUUCAUCUUGUUGGUGGGCUCAAGCAAUUCUGUAGCAAAUAAAUCCUUUGAAAGAGUUCCAAA